AUAACUAUCAUUCCCGAUGGAGAGAAAGGCAACUAUAACUACAGCGCCGUUAUUCACGCCUCCCUUCUCUUCUAUGAGGCCCAGAGGUCCGGCAAAUUACCCGCAGAUAAGAGGGUUCACUGGAGGGGCGACUCUAUGUUCGACGACGGGAAGGACGUGGGGAAGGACCUGACGGGCGGUUACUUCGAUGCCGGAGAUUUGGUUAAAUUUGGUUUCCCGAUGGCGUACACUAUAACAAUGUUGGCCUGGGGUCUGGUAGACUACGAGGACGCCUACCAAAAGGCCGGGGAGUUGGAAAAUGUGCGCAAUGCUAUCAAAUGGGGGACAGACUACUUCAUAAAAUGCCACACAAGCGAUACUGAAUUUUACGGACAGGUAGGCAAUGGUAAUGAUGAUCACGCCGUGUGGGGUCGACCUGAGGACUGGCCUAAAACCAAAGUCAGGCCCGCGUAUAAGGUUACCGAAGCACAUGGAGGCAGUGAUUUAGUGGGCGAGACAUCGGCAGCACUGGCGGCGGCGUCCAUAGCCUUCGCGAAGUCUGAUCCGACAUAUUCAGCAACACUUCUAACUCACGCCAAGUCUUUGUACACCUUUGCGGACAAACAUCGGUCCACUUAUACGGCAGAGAUCACAGACGCAGCAAAUUUCUACAAGUCUUGGUCCGGUUUUGGCGAUGAGUUGGCCUGGGCUGCCACGUGGCUGCUCAGGGCUACCAAUGAUACCCAGUAUAAGGCAGAAGUGGACAAACACUUCAAUGAAUUCGGCAAACAAUUGAUGGGACAGCCCACACAGUUUGGAUGGGAUGAUAAGACCGCUGGAGUACAGGUGCUGUUGGCUGAGGUGACAGGCGAUGAAAAGUAUAAGACUUUGGCUAAAACUUUCUGCGAUUGGGUCGUCAAUACGGCACCGAAAUCACCAAAGGGUAUGGUGUACCUGGAUCAAUGG